AUGUCACCACGCGCGGGGAUAAAUCCUCUGCAGACGACUGAAAUUUGUUGUAACACCCUCCCACCAAGCGGCAACCGGCAAAGAAUCCGGGCCAUUAGAGGGGGGGAAAGCGAGCCACGGAGGCACUCGGAGCACAGCGUAUUCGACGAAGGACGUGACGGCGACUCGACGACGACGACGACGACGUCUAAUCCAAAUCUAACCUCAAAAAUCAGCGGUGCCGCCGUGGCACACGGCACACGGCACAAAUGGCCAAUGGCAGAAGCGGCACACACGGCACAGACACCUUACUGCCAUAACGUCCGGAAUCGAAAAACGGAGAGCGCAGUGGCCGUCGGAGAAUUUCGUCACGGCACCAGGUCCAAGAACGGCACGCGGCACAAACGGCACACGGCACAGCCUGGCACAGGGCACAAACGGCACAGUCCAAAACGGCACACGGCGCCCGGCACAGUCGAGAAGGGGCACGGCUGGAGAACGGCACGGUCUGAAAAUGAGUGUGCGGUGAAUGGCACACGACACACGGCACGCACGUGUUCCGUGGCACAAGGUCCGCGGCACUCCACGGCACGACACAGCCAUGUUGGUGCCAGAACGGCCAAAAUCGAAGGUUGGACGGGAAGUCGGUCGUUGGAAAUUCUGGAAACGGCACGCGGCACAACGGAACGCGGCACAAACGGCACAAUCCAAAAACGGCACAGGGCACAGUCAAAAACGGCACAGCUGAAAGUGGGUGUGCCGUGGCGGAACGCGGCACGCGGCACAGUCGCGGGGGACGGCACAGCACGAAAACGGCACACGGCGCACAAAGGCCCGCAAUAUAUGGUCCACAGACGCCUGGAACAGCCCACGGGCUACCAAUAUACCGCGCAUAUAUUUUAUUUUGAAAAGACGACCCCGCUAUUCCUAACAAUCCCGGUCCGCCACGUAGUAUUUUCGGCAGAUUCACAAACCUUCACACGUGUUUCGAUAUAUAUAAAUAAGUCAACCCUCAGGGUGAACGAGUGCGUUCCACCAGAAAAAGAUUUUUUUUCUUUUUGGAACUCGUUAACAGCCCCCGCGGGCGUGUAG